AUGAAGCAUGGAAAUGGAGAUAAGAACAUCAACAUCUGGCAUAACAUACAGGCGGAGUGGAUGCCAGAGCAGCAGCAGCAGCAGCCCGUCAGUCGGUACCAAGUGCUUCAUAAUGAAGAUGAUCCUGCAGAAUCUACAGUUGAACAACCGUCCACUUCUACGCAAACUGCACCAGCUUGUCAAACAGAGGCAUCUUCAGCUGAAGUGGAUACUUCCCCUCCACCUUAUUGUAGCAUCGCUACAGAAGCAGCUGCACCAACAGAAGUGGAAUCACCUAAUGAAUUUUACCCAGUGCCACCUCCGUACAGCGUAGCUACUUCUCUUCCCACUUACGAUGAGGCGGAGAAGGCCAAAGCUGCGGCAAUGGCAGCUGUUGCAGCAGAAGCAGCAACCCACAGACACGGCCAAUUUAGGGAGUCUAGGAGUCUGUUUGAUGAAAUAUUCCUGAGUCCACCAGAGGAAGAAGAAUAUCCCCCAAGAGAUGACUUCAGCGAUGCAGACCAACUCCGUGUGGGAAAUGAUGGCAUUUUUAUGUUGGCUUUUUUCAUGGCAUUCAUUUUCAACUGGAUUGGAUUUUGCUUAUCAUUCUGUAUAACUAACACCAUAGCAGGAAGGUAUGGUGCAAUCUGUGGAUUUGGAUUGUCUUUGAUCAAAUGGAUUCUUAUUGUCCGGUUCUCAGAUUACUUUACCGGCUAUUUCAAUGGACAGUACUGGCUUUGGUGGAUAUUUCUUGUACUUGGCCUCCUCCUAUUUUUCCGAGGUUUUGUUAAUUAUCUGAAAGUUAGAAAUAUGUCUGAAAGUAUGGCGGCAGCUCAUAGAACAAGAUUUUUCUUCUUGUAUUAGAGACUGCAGCAACCAGGCAUUCCUUUCUCUUAUCAAUGUGAACUUCCAACCAACCAGUUACCUUCCUAUGAAUAGGGAAAGAUGACUACUGUUAUCAGAAGCAGGAUCCUUUUUCCGCUUAGUGAAUGACAGAAUGGUUCAUGCUUAAGUGCCAGUUCUGUUCAUUCUAGUAAAUAUUUAUAUUAAGCAUUGCCUUUUGUCUUGCACAUAUAUACAUAUACAAUAUAUAUAUGUGCUAAUCAGCAAGAACUUUAAAAAAAAAUAAAAUCCAUGCAUAUAGUCUGCUAAGCAGCUGAAUACAGUAAGACUUAACU